UUUAUGUUUAUAAAAUAUAAAUUGUUCUGUCGUUCUGUGCUCCGGUGUUCGUACUUAUUCAUAUUAUAAUUWWAAAAAAAAAAAACGUUAUACUGUUCUGUAAACUAUCUGUAACUUUUAAUUUAUUUUUAAAAUGUCUACCGAUGAGUUAGAAUUGGCAAUUGUGCGAAUUAUUGAGGAACUUAUAAAAUUAAAAAGGGAAAAUAGACAAGUAGCUAAAAAGAAAUUGUGGGUGAAAAAGUGGAUCCUAAGGAGGARUCAAUUGGGAGCAUCAAACACAUUGUUAAGAGAAUUGGCACUCGAAGACCAUCAAAGUUACUUUAACUAUUUACAUAUUAAUGAAGCUAUGUUCAACUUUUUAUUGCAAAAGAUUGAACCAAAAAUACAAAAAAAAGACACAAUAAUGAGAACUGCAUUGCCUGCUAAGCUAAAACUGGAAUUGACAUUGCGGUAUUUAGCAACAGGAGAUUCAUAUAAAACACUCCAGUAUAUGUACAAAGUGGGAAAGUCUUCUAUUUGUGAGUUCAUACCAGAAGUUUUCCAAGCAAUUUAUGAAGCACUACAACUUUAUAUUGAGGUUCCGCUUGAAGAAACAAAAUGGAAUAAAAUUGUCAAUGGAUUUGACAAUCUUUGGAAUUUCCCAAAAUGCACAGGUGCCAUUGAUGGAAAACAUAUUGUAAUGGAAUGCCCAUCAAAUUCAGGCUCAAAUUACUAUAAUUAUAAAGGCACUUUUAGCAUAGUUUUAUUGGCUUUAGUUGACCACAACUACAACUUUACCUGCAUUGAUAUAGGAAGUUAUGGAAGCAAUUCAGAUGGAGGAAUUUUUGCAAAAUCGGCUUUGAAAAAAGCAUUAGAAGAAAAUAAGUUAAACAUGCCACAUGAAUAUGUUAUUUUAGGAGAUGAGGCAUUUCCUUUAGAAACUUAUUUGAUGAAACCUUUUGCAAGAAGAAAUAUUUUAUCAAAACGUGAAAAAAUAUUUAAUUACAGACUUUUUCGUGCCAGGAGAAUAGUAGAAAACGCAUUUGGAAUAUUUGCAAGUCGUUUUAGAAUAUUUAGAAGACCAAUUCCGUUGUCUCCAGAUAAAACAAUCUUAUUAGUUAAAGCUGCCUGUGCUCUACAUAAUUGGAUUAGAAAAACUGGUAAUAGUUCAAACUGUAUACCGGUUGACAUUGAAGAUACUGAAACAGGAUGUCUUAUAGAAGGUGCAUGGAGAAAUAAUCCCAAACCAUCAGGUUUAACAGAUUUAACACCAAUUCAAAAGAAUUAUGCAACAGAUGCGAAACUUAAAAGAAAUUAUUUAGCAGACUAUUUUGUUGGAGAUGGGGCAGUUGAUUGGCAAAAUAGAAUGAUUGAAUAAUUAACAAUAUAUAAUUUUUUUAAUUUAUCAAUUUUUCAGCUUACAAAAUUUGUAUCAGAUUCUCCCUCUCCAUCAUUAUUUUUUUUCAAAAAAUUGUCA